AUGAACAGUUGUCUAUUUUUGUUUUUUUCCCUUUUUUUCAUUUGUCGUUAUGCAACUAGGGAUGCAAGUUUUUGCAAAUUUAAUAAAAAUUUAAUUAAAGAAAGACACAAUGAUUUCAGAUUUAAACAUAACACAAAACCGUUACUUUGGAGUAAACAACUUGAAGAAUCUGCAAAAGAAGAGGCGAAUUUUAUAAAAGCUAACUCCGACUGUGUUGUAGCGGCUAAGCAAAUAAACACAAACUAUUUUGACUUUUUGAAUGGUGAAGAGAUAGAAUCAGCAGUAAAUUCAUGGUAUGAAGGCAUUAAUAAUUAUGACUUUGAGUUAGGUCCUAUUAAAAAGGGGGAAAAUGUUUUUGAAUUUACCAAGGUUGUAUGGAAAGGAGCAGAGCAUAUCGGUUGCGCCACUGCUUGCUGUAAAUAUAGGGGAAUCUUAAUUUGCAAAUAUGAUAAUAACGUUAACAAGCCAGGUUAUUUUGCGGAUAACGUAGGAAUGAUUGAUUGUUCGUUUGGAAUGACUCAUGGAUUGAAAAAUAGUAAGAGGGCAAUCCACCAAUUCGGAACAAUAAGAUUAGUAUAUAUACGUAUACAUAUAAUACAUACAUAUGUGUAA